CUCUCUCUAAAAAUCAUACGUAUAUAUCCAAAUAAUAAAUGAGUACAUCAUUUUAAUAACUCUCCAUGUUCUCUCCCCCCUUCUCAAUUCUCUCACAGAGGAAACUAGCUUGCAUAACCAUAUACACACGCCCCUUCCAUGUGCUCCGUAUAUCUGGAGAUGAAGGUGAACUGUUAGCCUGAUUGAUUGAGAUUGGGAAAUAUUGUGAAAGAAGGAAAGCUGAGAUCUUGUGGCAUUUCUGCAAAUGCUCUUCGUUUUCUAGUGGGAAUCAAAUUGAACUCGACUUGAAUAUUGAGAAUUGAUUCUCCUCUUGAUCAAGUGAACUCAAACGCGCUCUUUGCUCAUUUGGAAAUUUGGGGUUUUUGGGAUUGGGUAUUGGUUUGCCGAAGCCUGAGUUUUUCUAGGGUUUUCGAUUUGAUCAGAUUGCUUCGAGCUGAAUUCUGGCUGGAAUAGGGAUUUGAAUUCGCAUAUUCUGGAUAUUUGUGCUGGAUUCUGGCUGGAACAGCUCACUCUGGAGAUUGGGAGUUUGAUUUGAUUGUAUAGACGUCAAGAAUUAAUUUUCAGUGUGAUAUUUCUUCCAAGGGGCUAUGGAGGCAGAUUGUUUUCACAGAUAGAGUAACCCUCAUUGAAAUUGGUACUAAGAUUUCGAGAUUUAUUUGGGAUCGAAUUUUGGAUUUUGACUUAAAGGUUGACGAGGUGAAGGCCAUGAUCAUCAGCUUCCAUUUACUUAGUAAGCUGCCAUAACUUGAUCUUUUAGCUGAUUGCCUUCCAUUUUUCUCAGAAACAAGCUAAGUCAAAAGUGUUAAGUUUAUGGUGGAUUAGCAAGAAUUUUGCCAACUAAUUUGCUGCUGCUCCUGCGUUGGCUGUGAUUUUGGUUAUAUAUAGUUUUCAGUCAUUUUCUGUUCGUCGCUUAGAGGCGUUUGUGUUGAAGCUCAAGGGUAAUCUGCGCGGGUUUGAGCUUGAUCUUGAUUAUCAUUGUUUGGUGGUUGGAUCAGUUGAAAGAGAAGUCAUAUGGAAGGUCUCUAAUCUAGAAAUCAAUGUGUGGGGGACAUGGUUAAUGGACAGAAAUUUAAACGCGGGUCUGUUCCCAUAUUGGAACUCAACUACACGUGGGAAGUAAUUCAAGACUAUAAUUUUCUUAGCUGUAGCUAUUUUGUUUGUUGCGGGAAGGCGUCCAAUGUCUCGCUGCUUUCCAUUUCCUCCACCGGGAUAUGAAAGAAAGCAUCUACCAGAAGACGUGGUUCUGCUUAAAGAGGCUAAACCCAAAGAGUACAAAGAGAAAAAGGAGAAAAAAGAUGAGAGGAAGAAAGACAAGGAAAAGAAGGAGAAGGAUGGAAAGGAAAAAUACAGAGACAAGAAAGACCGCAAAGGGAAGCACAAGGACAAAAAAGAAAAACACAGGGAUAAGAAAAGGGAGAAAGAUGACCGGGGAAAGGAUAAAGAUAAAAGUAGUGUCUCGGAAGAAUCAACUGUUUCUAGGAAGCUUGAGGAAAGAAGUGGAGAGAACCUCCAACCUGAAGGGAACAACAAACAUAGCCGUUUUGAGGAUGAAGGGAAAUGUUCCCCCUUAUUGCAGGGUCAAAAUGGAAAGAAGCCUUCACAGAGCAUCUUGCCUUCCCAAGCAAUCAAUGGAGCAAGAUCAGUACAGGAACUGAACAGGUGGAUCCAAGAUGAGGAGAAGGGUGGAGGGAGCCAGUUUCUUCAGAGAGUUGCCAAUGUGGGCAUAAGGGAUCAAGGGGCAGCACCUAGGAAUAACGAUGGAGAUAAGAGCUUCCAUGUUAAGAAAGUUGAGUUGCAAGGAUGCAAUGGCGUGUUUACUGGAAAGGCGACAGUCCUAAACCUCGGAGUUGGCAAAAGUAAAAAUGAAGGGAUUCCUAGACCACUGGAAGUACAAAAUGACUCAAGGUUGGAGGAGAAAGAGAAGUACAAGGAAGCAUGGGGUAAUAAUAAGCAGGGAGACAAACAGAAAGACAGGGAUAAGAAAAGCCAUAGAAAGGAUAAACACAAGGAGAAGGAGAAGGAGAAGAAAAAGGAGGUGGCUAAUGCAAACAUAGAAAGCAAGAAAAGCGAAUCCCAAAAUUCAGGAAAAAAAUAUCUUGUUGAUGCUACUUUUAGUAAAAAUGAAAAUUUGCACGAGGAUGUUGUCGGUGCUGCUACUAAUGAAGCGAGUAUCAAGAAGCGGAAAGACAUGGACACUAAUGGUUUUCUUCAUGAUGGUGAAAUUAGGCCUAAUAAAGUUCAAAGGCUUUCCCCAACAGAGAAUGGAAGAAUAUCCACUAAAUUCUCUUCUUUUAUGCAUAAUAUUCCAAACAAAGUUUGGUCGGAUCACGGUGGCCAGUUGAACAAUGGUAUAAAUGAAGCCAAGAAACCAUCUCCAUCUAAAGCUAAUCAUCCUUCUGGUGUUAACAAGCUCAACCAUCAAAUUUUUGUACCUCCAAAGACGCCAGAUCCUGCUCCUAGCAAUGUAAACGAGCCUCCCAAAAUGCAUAAGAUGAAGGACCAUGCUGCUGAAGCAUCAAGGAGGCCUCCACAUCCCGAUUCCAAGUAUCUAAGUCGGAUCUUAGCAGUUCCCACAGUGGGAGACUGGUCCGAGGAAGAUGGCCAAGAAUGGUUAUUAAGCAAAAAUGGUCAUCCAAAUAAGCCCAAGUUAGAACCAGCUGGGGUCAAGGAGGAGCUGCAAGUAUGGUCUGAAGCUGUACAUAUCAAAUCAGCUGAUGUUUGUGCUCUGCCAUAUGUGAUUCCUUAUUGAUUCUCACUCGUUAACUGCUGGUUGAAGAGAGCCAGUCAUUGCCAGAGUUAUCCUCGGCAUCUGCCUCUUGAUAUGGCCGGGUACAAGGCAUCGAUGUUGUGCUGCCCCACCGGUCUCGCAUGUCAUGGAGAGAUACAAUAAUCGACCUGUAUAUUUUUGUAGCAUAGGUGGCUUGGCGCUCCUCCUGUCCAUUCUAAUUUAAGUAGUGCAGUUCUAGUUUCAUGUAUCCACAAUUUUGAUGUGCAACAUACAAAGUGGUGGUGGGCAGCGACGGAGCCCGCAUAGGCCAAGUCGCUGCCUGCAGGAGCUUGGCCAUUGCCGAACCACAGGGUCAGGAGUGGAGCUAGGUGGGUCGGGCAGAGAAUAAAUGGAGCAAACAUUGAGCUUUUGAGAGUCUAAACCAUUUUGUAUGGAUGAAAGUAGAAAGAGAAACAAUAAAUAACAACUUUAACUUUUUAUGUAUUAUGAAUUAGUAAUUUUUUAACUUAAUGGAAAGUAAUGUGUUUUUUGGGUAA